UACAGGCCAUCGAGCCGAAGAAGCGGUAGUGUUCGCGUGAGGAAGAUUUUACAGCGUAUUUUCAGAUUAUUUUGCUUCAAGAUGCCGUAUGCUAACCAGCCCACGGUGAAGAUUACAGAACUGACAGAUGAAAAUGUCAAGUUUGUUAUUGAAAACACAGAUUUGGCGGUUGCAAACUCUAUCCGCCGUGUCUUCAUGUCAGAAGUUGCAACCAUAGCAAUUGACUGGAUUCAGAUCGAUGCUAAUUCAUCAGUACUGCACGAUGAGUUCAUUGCACACAGAGUAGGUCUCAUACCUCUUACAAGUGACGACAUUGUGGACAAAAUGCAGUAUUCUAGGGACUGUACCUGCGAUGAUUUUUGUCCAGAGUGUUCUGUUGAGUUGACGCUGGAUGUUCGAUGCACUGAGGACCAGACACGCCAUGUCACCUCCCGAGACCUUUUGUCCAAUAACCCCAGAGUCAUCCCAGUGACUUCCAGGAGUAGAGAUAACGAUCCCAAUGAUUAUGUCGAACAAGAUGAUAUUUUACUGGUGAAGCUUCGUAAAGGUCAGGAACUGCGGCUCAGGGCGUACGCUAAGAAAGGCUUUGGUAAGGAGCACGCCAAGUGGAACCCAACAGCAGGUGUUUCUUUUGAAUACGACCCUGACAAUGCACUGAGACACACAGUCUACCCACGACCAGAGGAGUGGCCUAAGAGUGAAUACUCUGAGAUUGAGGAGGAUGAAGUUCAGGCUCCCUAUGACCCUAACGGAAAGCCAGAACGGUUCUUCUAUAACGUGGAGUCCUGCGGCUCCUUGCGACCAGAGACCAUCGUCAUGUCAGCGCUGGCUGUCCUCAAGAAGAAGCUGAGUGACCUGCAGACUCAGCUGAGUCAUGAGAUCCAGAGUGAUGUGCUUACUAUCAACUAAGGCCGCUUCCUAACAGAACAGGACCUGCAUUCACACAGCUUUCAUCAGCUGUUAUCAGCUGAGGGCUCGUUAAGACCGAUGUCAGGUCUUAUUACAAAUUAUUGUUCAGAGUAGCCUCAGAUAUUGAUGCAUUUCUGUCAGAGACUCAGUGGUUGUUGAGCUGUGGAGAAUUUGAACCAGUUAUUAUUAGAGGUAUUAUUUGACCUGCCAGCUGUAAGAACAGUUUGGUGAAAUGUUUAUUAUGAGAAAAAAAUCACUCAUUAUUAUGAGACAGAGGCAAAAAAAGAAAAAUGAUUUGAUUAUUUUGAUUGUGUUUCUUGAAAUAAUAUCAGCAGUUAUGGGGACAUAAGCUGUGUGCCAAGCAUCCAAUCCAGGGUCUGUGUCUGAAAUGAAGUUUUUCCUCAGAAUGAUACAAAGCGUGUUUUGAAUGAUGAAGUUGGUGUAGCAUUGACUAUUAGAUUAUUAUUUUGUUGAUAUUGCUUUUUAAAUAAAUAUGUUUGAGAAA